AGGGUGAUGACUUCGCAUUCGUCCAGAUGGUGUUGCCUUUACAAGAUUGAUAUAGUUGCGUUCAGUAUUGGAACCUGAAUCCUGGUUAUCAUAAGACUUCAUACUAUUCGGAACGUUGUAAAUCUCAAAGCGAUCAUGGCUCCCAAGGUCCUCUACAUCGGAUUGGGCAACAUUGGUUCUGCAAUGGCCAAGAACAUCGCAGAGAAGGCCGACCUCGACUCGCCACUACUCCUUUUUAAUCGCAGCCAGCAGCGAGCGACCGAUCUGAGCGCCAAACUCGCGCCAGGCAAGUCUGAGGUGGCCGGCUCCCUCGAGUCCGGCGCGUCUCAGGCUGAUGUUAUCUUCAUUUGUCUGGCAAAUGACAUGGCUGUCACCGAGACUGUCAACUCGCUGGCUAAGACCGACCUCCAGGGCAAGGUCCUUGUGGACUGCUCGACCGUCCACCCAGACACCACCGAGGCCAUCGCCAAGACAGUCACCUCGGGGGGUGCUGAGUUCGUUGCUUGCCCGGUGUUCGGAGCACCCGCUAUGGCAGACGCCGGAAAGCUAGUGCCGGUACCCGCCGGCCCCAAGAGCGCAGUGGACAGGGUGAAGCCGUACCUAAUGGAUGUCACCGCCCGCGCCAUCAUAGACAUGUCGGACGAGCCGUACCGCAAGGCCUCACAACUGAAGCUGGUUGGCAACUCGUUUGUUCUCAACAUGGUCGAACAGAUCGCCGAGGCCCACGUGUUGGCCGAGAAGAGCGGGCUGGGGACCAAGUACUCGCACCAGAUCAUCGAGCAGCUGCUGCCAGGCAUUUAUCCGCCCUACAGCUCGAGGAUGCUCAGCGGCGACUACUGGAAGCGGGUGGAGCCCCUUUUCCACGCGGAUCUGGCAAGAAAAGACGCGGGGCAUGUGCUGAAGAUGGCCAAGGAUGCUGGUUGCCAUCUGCCAAACGUUGAGACGGCAGACCGGCACCUGGAGGCGGUCCAGAAACGCACCACGAACGGUGAUUUUGCAGGGAUUUAUGGGGCAGUGAGACAGGAGGCUGGACUGAAAUUCGAGAAUGAUGCUUGAGGCAUUGAAGAUGGAAAUCACUUGGAAACAAUGUCUGAUCUGGACUUGCUGAAAUCCACCUGACUCUUAAGUGCUCAGUAC